AUGAUGUCCAAAAAGCAGUUGGCGUGCAUGCUUGCACUACACAUAAUGUACUUGCUGGUUGGUGCCAGUAUAUUUUAUCACAUAGAGAGUCCGUUGGAAGUUGCAGCGCGGGCUGAAGAUAAAUUAGAGAGGUUGGAAAUUCAAAAUCUGCUUUACCGAAACUACCUUCCUGAAGAUCCUGACGAACAAGACACGAUCCUUCGUAAGCUGUCCGACUACUGUGGCAAGUCCAUGACCAAUUACACUACGCCAGAUCAAGAACCACCCUUCAAAUGGGACUUCUAUCAUUCUUUUUUCUUCUCUUAUACUGUCGUCAGUACUAUUGGUUACGGCAACUUGGCGCCUACCACUCAUUUAGGAAGAAUUCUGAUGAUAUUCUAUGGUUUGUUCGGUAUACCCAUCAACGGUAUCCUGCUUGCCAACCUUGGUGAAUACUUCGGAAUGCAGCUCAUCUCCGUUUACCGUAAAUACAAAGUUCGUAACGAAAAGCGAGCCCACAACCUAGAUUACUACUUCACCAACCUUGGAAUGUUGGGUCAGAUUUUCCUCUAUCUAGUUCCUGGCUUCUUAUUCUUCAUCUUCUUGCCCGCCUGCAUAUUUGUCGUGUUUGAGGAAUGGGACUACGUGGCUUCAAUCUACUACGCCUUCGUCACGCUCACUACUAUUGGUUUUGGUGAUAUAGUAGCUGGUACCGAGAACAAAGGUUUUAAAUACGGAUACUUCUGCACUUACCAGAUAUUCCUGAUAGUUUGGAUUACCUUCGGCCUCGGGUACAUUGUCAUGUUACUCGGCUUUAUCACCAGCGGGAUGAGGUCUGAGAGAAUACACAAAAUUGAACAAAAAUUUGCGUAUCAAUUUAAAACUACGCAGAACAAAAUUCUACAAGGAUUCACUAGAGAUCUCUCUGCUUUGAGGAAAAUUAUUAAUGAAGCUAAUUUAAUCAAAAUUAAGCCUGUUUAUGUAGAAGCUUCACCUACGAUUCCCCGUAGCCAAAGCUGUCCUAUUUUUACAUACGAUGUAGAACCAAGAGGUCCAAUUUUCAAAAGAAAACGAGCUAACUCUGAAAAUAUUCAGCUUGCUGCAAAAGAUAUGCUCCGAAUACAAUCCGACACAGAUUUGCUUGGAAUUGACAAAGAAAAAACUUUCACAGCUUCUGCUAUAGUAAAACCCGCAGAGCUAUUAGCAAGAGUAGUAAACGUACUAGGAGGUUUAGAACAUCAAAAUGCAGUACAAAAGGAUAAAGGGGUACAUCUAUUUGAUGAUGAUCAUAUUUUGGCUAAUGAAAUAGGACCUACAUUUAGCAUAGGGCCAAACCGUAUUACGAGGCACAGAGCACUAAGUAUAGCAGUACCAAAUUAUAGAAAAGAAUUAGUGGCUCAAGAUGCGUACAAUGAAUAUACAUGGACUAAUGGUGAAUCAGCAGAGAAAUUCAGACGAGAGGCAAAUAUCAGAAGUGGAAAACUAUCACUUCCGUCCAAACCGGAAGAUAGCGCACCAGCUCAAAACUUAAUUUCAAGGUUUUUCUUUAGGAAACCUAGUUCCAAUGAAAGUUCUACAGAGGUAACUAAAAAUUCAAUGAGGGGAAAAAUAGCUAGUUCACAGGUGGCUAAUGAAGAUUCAGUUAAUACCAAACCUAGACGUAGAAGUAUAUUUUCUUCUUUAAAUUUCGGUUCAGAGGAUAGAAGCGAGGCAGAUGCAUAUAAGGACCAAACUAGAAAAGGAAGGCACAGCAUUUUUCCUACUUUUGAUUUUAAUGAUGAUCUCGACAGUGGCUCCAGUGCUUACCUUGAUGCAACGAGUCGUGGCCGCCAUAGUAUAUUUCCGUCAUUCAAUUUUGCAGAAGAUGAAGAUGCAUCACGUUACAAGGAAAGGACGAGGUCUGGCCGUCACAGCAUCUUUCCGACCUUUGAUUUUAGUGACCCUGAAGAUGAUGUUGGCAGCUAUAGAGAAAAUUCUAGAAGAGGUAGACGAAGUAUUUUCCCAAGUUUCAAUUUCAGUGGCCUCAAUAGUAAUGAUGAAGAUACUGUGGAUGAAGACGAAGUUCAAAAAUACCAAAACAGAACGAAAAAAGGACGACACAGCUUGUUUCCAACUUUUGGUAGGUCUAAAAAGAACGACGAUGAUGUUAUGCCUGAAAGCUCAGAUGAGUUAGUUGACUACAAGAACAAAACACGCGCUGGACGAAGCAGUUUGUUUCCUUCAUUUGGCAAACAGCGUAAGAAUAGUUUAGCUACUGAUAAUGAAGACUUGGAAGAUAGCAUAAAACAGUUUAAUGAAUACAACAGAAGUAGCCGCAAUCAUUCAUUUGAGAGUUCUAAUCAAUUUACAAAUGACUUGGAACGAUAUAAAAAUAAAACAAAGCAAGGGCGGCGCAGCUUAUUUGAUCCUGAUGUAAAUAUAUCAAAUCUUCCUGAAUCUGAACAGGUUGAAGUACUGGAGAAUACAAGUGUUGCUGAUCUUUUAAGAGCAUUGGCCGUUUUAGAAACUGCUGCUCAAGGGUCAUCAAUAGGUGAACCGCCAGGUCUUUUAGACUUUAUAACUGAUCCUAACGCUAUUGCAUCACGGAGACGUGGUUCUUUACGUCCUGAAUUUAUGACACCAACUCCUCCAAGCACUGACAACUUAGAGGAAAAUAGAUCAAAGCAUGUUGAUGAUUCUGGGCCUAGACGGAGAAGAAUUUCGGCAAGGUCUGCAGCUCCCCAGUUUACUCCCACAUUGGCUACUGUUGUUGCUGGAGCAGAGUUACAAAUACCGACUGCAGCUGCUUCGAGAGAAAAUCGAAUGACUAUGUUGCAACAACCUCCACCUCCUUAUUCAGAAACUCCCCCUGACAGUGAAAUAUCUAAACCUCGAAUAAGAAGAUUUUCUCCAGCACCAGGUGAACCUGGUCGAUCUACUGGUCCAGUGCCAAGACUCUUCUCACGCAUGCGCAGAGAAGGCGUUAAUAAUGAGGAAAAUGAUAGUAGACGUUGUAGUUUAACUGAUAUAGUUGUUGACAACUUCAAAGAUAAAGACAAUACGUAA